ACCCACUCACGACCCUCCUGCUACUGUUCUCGACUAAUCUCCAGUCUCAGUGUCUAUCCUUUCCUCCUUAUCUAUUCUCUGCGCCCGUCGACCCUUGCUCUCGCUCCUUGCUGUCGUUGCGCCGGUGUGGUCGUGCUUCCGUGCUCAUGAGUGCGACUAUAGACGUUCGCAUCAGGUGGGUCGCUUCGCGCGCACUCUUCCUCAUGCUGACCAUAACGGGAUCAUACUCAUCCAUGCGAGCCUUCGACCACUAUCGGCGAUCAUCCGCAAUUUGUACAUACACACCCCUCCUUACCUCCCUCCCCACCCCAAGCAUCCUCGACGAAUCAAGCGACUUACAUAUGUACAUAGAUGCACAUACUGCACCUUCGCUCUCGCGUCGUUUACCUGCGUUCUUGGCAUGGUGCAUGGAUAGGCCUUCGCAUGUUAUGUCUUAGAGCGCUGCAUGCCGACACUCCCCUACAUGGCGUC